GUGAAUUGAAUUGAAAACUAAUUUAAAGUUAAGCGUCUCUAGCCUGUUACAUUUUGUGGCAGUCCACUAUGUAUUUAAUUUCGUUAUAUUUUUCAUAAUUUAACACAUUCACGUUAUAAACAAUCUGAACAUGCAAACGCGAAAAGUCGCUGUGGUGACAGGAAGCAACAAAGGCAUUGGCUACGCUAUAGUUAAAGGUCUUUGUGAAAAUUUUUUUGGAGAUGUUUAUCUUACAGCGAGGGACGUCUCACGAGGUCAGCGAGCUGUUGAAAACCUAAAGCAUAUAGGAUUUCUACCUUUAUUUCAUCAACUGGACAUUGUUAGUGAGACGAGUGUUAAGGAUCUUAAAGAUUAUAUUGAAAAAGAACAUGGGGGAAUCGAUUUACUCAUAAAUAAUGCUUCAGUUGGCACAAGUGGAAGUGCAGAAGAUAUUAUUCAGAUAAAUUAUUUUGGAACAUUGAGAGUUUGUAAUGCAUUAUUCCCUCUGCUUCGUGACAAUGCGAAAGUGAUAAACAUAUCAAGUUCCGCAGGACGGUUGCAGAGGAUUCCAUCAACAGAACUGAGAGCGAAAUUCAAGGAUCCUAAAUUAAAUGUAGCAUCUCUCAAUGAAUUGAUGAAAACAUAUUUAAAUGAUGUGAAGGAAAAUAAGGCCGUGGAAAAAGGUUGGGGAGACUCCCCCUAUGUUGUAUCCAAAGUUGGGAUUAAUGCUUUGACUAUUCUUCAUCAACACGUUUUCGAUUUAGAAAAACCUUACCGAAAUAUUAGCAUUACUUCUGUCCACCCCGGUUAUGUGAAAACUGACAUGAAUAAAAAAGGAACCUUGACCACAGAAGAAGGGGCAAAGGCCGCCCUAUAUUUAGCAUUACAAGCCGAAUUUAAGGGAAAAUAUGUUUGGUUUGAUUGUCAAGUUAUCGAUUGGGAUGGUGUUUUACCUGAAUCCAAAUAAUUGUGAAUUUUGCAA